AUGUCGGCUUUUAACGCGACACCCGUGCAUUGCUUCCUGAGUCCCGCGUCUCUCUCGUCGCAUGAACGUCUGCAUGCCUCAUCAACUUCUACAACAACUCUCUUUAAUAAUCCCUGGCUAUUUCCGGAUUCGUGCUGCAACCAUGUCAACUCGUCGCUCAGCUCGUCUCUCGACGAAUACUCUUCAAGUAUACCUACUGGAUAUGUGAAGUCGGAAUUAGCAGCUGAAUUAACGCCCAAUCCAAAACGUAGGCGUACUGUGAAAGAGUCACCAUCAAAGCCACCACCUCCUACGCCAACUCUGUCAAAUGUGCAUUUUAUGGCCGCUGGUGCUCUUCCCACCGUCAAUCAAAGCAGUAGUAGCCUGCAACCGCGACCGGCCGAUCCGCACGCCGCGAAUGCUCCCCUUUCGACUCCCCGUGGUUCACGAGUUGUUGCUUACUCAAAUACGACGCCAGUGAAGUGGUCAGUCCCUCUACCGACACCGACAUCUUCAACAGAAACGCUGCUUGCAGAAGGUUGCAAGCAUCUGAUUGAGAUUGACCCAAGACUGAGAACGAUCAUCGAACGUAAUCACUGCAAAAUAUUCAGUCCAGAUGGACUGAAGGAGGUGAUUGACCCUUUCAUGAGCCUUGCAAGUGGUAUCAUUGGCCAGCAAGUCUCUGGGGCAGCAGCCUCAUCGAUUCGCAAGAAAUUCGUCCUUCUCUUUGAUGCCAAUCCUCCCAAGGACUACUUUCCAUCGCCGGAAGCUAUAGCCAAGACCUCAAUCGAGAAGCUCCGUACUGCAGGGCUGUCGCAACGGAAGGCCGAGUACAUCCAGGGUCUUGCUGAGAAAUUCAACAGCGGCGAGCUCAGUGCGCAGAAAUUGGUCUCGGCUACAGAUCAAGAAGUCAUGCACAUGCUUGUUACAGUCCGCGGUAUCGGACCAUGGAGUGCUGAGAUGUUCGCAACAUUUGCUCUGAAGCGCAUGGAUGUUUUCAGUACUGGAGACUUGGGCAUACAAAGAGGAAUGGCAGUACUUGCAGGACGAGAUGUUAAUAAGCUUCGCACGAAAGGUGGGAAAUGGAAGUACAUGACAGAGAAGGAGAUGGUAGAGAUGAGCUCCAAGUUCGCUCCGUACAGAAGCCUUUUCAUGUGGUACAUGUGGAGGCUAUCGGACACCAAUACCGAUGUCUUGACCACUUGA